AUGUCAGACCCUAUUACACUCGUCUGCGAUAGCCGGUUUCACCGGCGCAUCACCCUCGACACUGCCCAUGGGCCCUUAUCUGUCUCUUUCGCCGAUAUAGGCUGCCCAACGGGUCCCACGCUACUGUAUCUCCCUGGCAUGUUCGCGUCGCGUUAUCUUGGAGUUCCCAUGCACGUCAUGGCAGAGCGAGCUGGUGUUCGCAUGAUUGUCGUCGAUCGCCCGGGGAUGGGCGGUUCAACCGAGGUGCCACUUGCAAAGCGUUUUGAUGUCUGGGUUGACCUGGUUCCGCGGCUGUUGGCGCAUCUCGAGAUUCAGCGCGUGAGUCUGGCUUCGCAUAGUUCGGGCACAAUGUACCUUUUCAAUACAUGGGCGAAAUGUCGGGAUUUUGUGAAUCCGGUUGUUUUCUUAUUAGCUCCGUUUGUUGAUAUUGCCCAUUCGCGCGUUACUUCAUUGCAGGUUGCCAAGUAUAUACCGAAUAAAGCAUUCGAUUACUGGCACCUUAUCCCGCGUUUCUUCGUCACGCAGGCUAGUCCCGUGUUUGCCUCGAGUGGUGCCGUGAUGCGCCAAAUGUCAAAGUCAUCUGGCAUAGGAACUAGCCAGGCAAAUGAAGACCGCACGUUCCUGGACGAGAAUUUCAGGCGCAUUGAGCGAGAUUAUGGCGUUCCAAAAAAAGAAUCGGAAGAGCUAUCCCGCUUGGCUAUCCAGUUCAUGUUCACGGAGGAUACCGUUGGUGCGAACAGCGAGGCGCUGCAGUGUCUUCGGAAGGGUGAGGGGGGUGAAUGGGGUAUUUGCGGAGAUUAUGCUGCCUGUAUUAAGGAGUUGGCAGAGCUGGAACGGCAGCGGGAUGGUGAAAGAGCCACUGUCAGGACAUACUUUUCCGAGACGGACGCCUUGGUAGGCAGCCGAGGGCAGGAAUAUUUUGAAGAGUGCUGGAAGGCAUCGGGGGAUGGAGUUGACUUUGAGUGUAAAAUGGUCAAAGGGACUGACCAUGACACUGUAGCGCAGUCUGUGGGAGUAUGGGAGGAGAUAUUCUCUUUUAUACGUUGA